CCCUUUCCGAAUACUGCAGCAUUCCAGCAACUGGGGCCACGAGCAAAUACAGUAAUCGACUAAUGCCCUUAUGGCAACAACGUCGAUCUUCAUGUUCAAGACAACGGCUUCCGACUUUACUUGUGUUUGCUCGCUAAAUGAGUUAUCUCGGACAAAAACGCCAAAAUGCGCCAAGUGAAAGAUUUUAUUGAGCAAAAGCUCGAGAAGAUAAAGCACAAGAUGACCAAGGAAAGGCCGCGAGGAUCCCAGAAACAGAAACGGGCCAGCACGAGCAGUAUUGGUUCUUCCCAAGGUUUUCCGGAAUCACCAGCUUUGAGUUCACAGAAUCCCCGAACUCGUCAAAACAGCAAUCAAACAACUCAAUCGAAUACAGAUGCUCUUUCUCGGAUGAAUACCAAAAGCACAACAUGCGGAGGGGAUUACGUUGUUGUCUCUAGCAAUCUAGGAAGAUACCAGGUCUCGGAAAUGGACCAUCAGCCUCCUACGCGGAAAGAUAUACAGCCCGAAGAAGCUGUAAGCUCCCAACAGAGAACUCAACCAAUCUCUCCAGGCAGUGGAGGGAACAAACCAACUCAAGACGACUUAACACCAGGAGUAGAAGGAAUCCUACCACAGACGCUGUUACCAGAACCUUCCAGUUUUGCAGCCGAGACAGAUCCUGAGGAAGUCUUGGUGCCUCGUCCAAAUGAAGAGCCACAGGAAGUACAUCAACCAGAACUACUCAGUGUUCGGAGUCAGUCACCAACUGAAGAGGAUAAAAGUUCAAACACGAUUUCUUCCCCACACGCAGAUCUUCAUCUUGAUUCUAUCAGCUUAAACGACAAUCCAGAACUUCUACAUCGUAUCUUGCAAAAGUUGGUCCGGAAAAAGGAUGACUGGGACAAACUACGCUCCCUUCGGAAGAAUGAACUGGGAGUCCGUUCCUCACUACAAGCUCAACGUACAGUACUGCAGGAGAAAGAAGCAGCUAAGCAAGUUGCAGAUAACGACUUCAUGAAGCUUGCAAGAGAGAAUCCGCCAUUGGAAUCCCAGCGAGAUCUUCUUGAGAGCCAUGCAAGACUUCAGCAAACCCGGAAUGACUAUGGACCUGCUCUGGUGGAAUGCGUUCAAAGAGAAGAAGCUUUGGAUGUUGUCGAAUGGGAAAUGGGAAGGUUAGAGGACCAGCUCUACGUAAUUCUGUUCGGCGAGAUUCAGGAAGAUACGAAUCUGGCUUCCAAUUUCUUCCCCACAGAGACAAUUGUGGGAUCUGCAUCGACACCAAGUCCAUGGCUAGGCUUAGUCGCAGGAGUCCAAGAUCGAUUCCAACCUCUGCAUACACAGUAUUUAUCACGGCAAGGGGACAUGGAUCUGGCGAAGGAAAGACUAGGCAAUCUAGAACAAGAAGCAGAGGAUCUAUAUGCGCGGCAAGAAUAUUUGCAGCGUUUAGGGCAUGAUCUGAGUCCGGAACUCAGCGAGGCGUUGAGAGAGAUCCCUUCUCGAGAAGCUCAGAUACGCAGUGAAAUGGCUGACAUUGAGGCAGAUGUCGAUAGAUUAAGACAGGAGUGCCUCGAUGAGGGGAUCGAUCUGGACGGUGAAAGUGAUGAUGGGAGUGGGGACUCUCUGAGCUUUUUUGAGGAUGAUGUACAACAGGACAAUCACUGAGAUUUGGAGGGAACACAGCACUUCAGAUCUUAAGCGUUUCUACGGAUGCAUGACUAUGCUACUUUUUUUGGAUCCCUUUUGCAGGUAGAUUGUCGCUUUGUAAUAGAGAUUUGUGGCCACAGUGUAUGAGCAAGAGCUGGGCAUGGACAGAGUUCCUGUAGUAUUAGGCGUACUACUAUCUUCUACGCAUUCUUAUGUUUAUCGGAGCCAGUUUAACACCACUCGGGGUGUAUUGGAAUGGUCAAGAGGGAAUACAAGCGGGAUAUCGAAG